UACGUAGUGCCACGGCGGCUGAAGCGGUUCCGCUGGCUAGCGUGUGUGCGGCGAGAGUCUCCCGGCGGUGUCCGCUCGUCUUCUGCGCUCGCGACCCCGGCCCCGACUGCGACUCCGGCUGCGGCGGGGCCGCCGUCUGAACAUGGACUCUGUUGGCCAAGACAUCAGCCUGAACUCUCCCAACAAAGGGUCGCUGCCCGACGCCAUGACGGACGUUGCCGUGGACACGGUGGUGGCCGGCCCGACGCCUGCUGCCACGGGCCUGACGGAAGCGGAGGAGGAGGAGCUGCGGGCCGAGCUCACGAAGGUGGAAGAGGAAAUUGUCACUCUGCGCCAGGUCCUGGCAGCCAAGGAGAGGCACUGCGGGGAGCUGAGGCGGAAGCUGGGGCUCUCGGCCCUGGAGGGCCUGAAGCAGAACCUGUCCCGCAGCUGGCAAGACGUGCAGGGCUCCACCGUCUAUGUGAGGACUUCUGAGAAACUCGGAGAGUGGAAUGAGAGAGUGACCCAGUCGGACCUCUACAAGAAGACUCAGGAAACCCUCUCCCAGGCGGGACAGAAGACUUCAGCUGCCCUGUCCACCAUGGGCUCUGCCAUCAGCAGGAAGCUUGGGGACAUGAGGAAUUCUGCCACCUUCAAGUCGCUGGAGGACCGCGUGGGGACUAUAAAGUCGAAGGUGGCAGGCGGCAGAGAGGACGGCAGCGAUGGCCUCACCUCCCCGGCCGGGAACGGCGAGGAGCCCGGCCAUGCGCCCCGCUAAGCCCGAAGCCUCAGCCGCCACGGAGCACGUCCAGCGCCCCUCGCCUCGGCGGCCCCUCCGGGCGGCAGGACAGCAGCGGCCGUGGGAGGAUGCGGCCUGGGGGGCCGCGCCGCGGUGCCGCCCACCGUGGACGGGGCUGCCGCACCGCAUGUCUUAGGGGACAGCCUUGUGCACAGAUGCUUUCCACUAAAGCCGGUAGACGCAGCAGAUCGUGGUGCCAUCCUUCUGGGGGCAGGAAGGGGCCGGGGCGGGCGGGCUAGGUGCUCGGCUUGCUGACACCUGGGAAGAAGGGCGGGGUCAGGCCGGCGGCGUUGCAUGUGCUCGCCCUUCCUCUGUGCCCCGUCUGACCUGUGGGUGUUCUUUCAAAAUGCUAAACAAGGGAAUUGUCUGUUUUCGGAGGCCCUCCAAGGAGAAACCUGAUUAUCAGCCGCUGCCGGGUUGUUACACUAAUGACCUAUAGCUUUAAGUAAAGCAAACUCUUUAUUUUUUAAAUGCAGUGAAUUUUUCAAAAUUUAAAACUAAGCAGAGCAGCUUUAGCCUCAUAGUUAGAAAAUAUUACUUGUUUGGACUCAAGCUGAAAUACAAGCCUUACAUCACCUUAUACUUUAUUUGUUUAUUACAUUUUUAUACAUAGAAGGGAGAGUUCUUUAGUGGGUUCUGAACACCGCACAGAAUUCUGCGCCUGCCCGAGGGGCCACCCGCCUGUGU